AUGGAGUUCUGGUUGUUACUGAUUGCAUUUCUUUGCUUGUGUGCUUUUUUUCUAUCAUUUCUUGAUCUCUCCCAUAAUAACAAAAACUUGCCACCAGGGCCCCCUUCCUUACCCGUCCUAGGAAACUUUUUAUGGCUUCUGAAAUCCUCCAGGAAUUUUUCUUCCUUGGAGCCUGUUCUUCGCCAACUACGUGCUCAAUACGGCCCUAUCAUUACUCUACGCCUGGGAUCCCAGCCUUCCAUUUUCAUAACCACCCCCGAAGCUGCCCAUAAGGCACUUGCACAAAGUGGCCCAAUCUUUGCAAGUCGUCCACCAGCUCUUGAGACAACCCGAAUCAUGUUAAGCAACGAAACUACUGUGACUACUGCACCUUAUGGACCACUGUGGCUCCAACUUCGUCAAAAUUUCAUGUCUGUUUUUCACCCUUCACGCUUGCAUAUGUAUUCUGAUGGUCGAAAAUGGGCAUUAAACAUACUCAGGAACAAACUACUGGAAGAAGCAGGAGCGGACCACAAAGCAAUUGUUGUUGUAGAUCAUUUUCAACAUGCCGUGUUUUGCUUGCUAAUCUAUCUGUGCUUUGGUGAGAAAUAUGAAGAGAGUGUUAUUCGACAGAUUACAGCAGUGCAACGUUCUAUCAUCACAAAUUUUGUGAAGUUUAAUUUGCUUAAUUUCAUUCCUAAGUUGGGAAGGAUUGUGUUUCGCAAGUUAUGGAAAGAACUUCUAGAGAUUCGCCGCGAACUAGAGAACGUCCUCCUUCCUCUCGUUGACGCACGACGAGAAAAAAGGCAUAAGAAAUUUAAGGAUGAAGAAGGAGAAGAAAGCAUUUUGUCCUAUGUUGAUACCUUGAUAGAUUUUCAGUUUCCAGAUGGUGGAAGAAAGUAUUCGGAUGAAGAAUUGGUGAGUUUGUGUUCGGAGUUUUUUCAUGGUGGGACAGACACUUCAAUAACUACAUUACAAUGGGCCAUGGCUAAUAUAGUUAAGCACCAACACAUACAAGAAAAGUUGCUUAAAGAAAUCAACGCUGCAGUAAAACCAGGAGAAGAGAUCAAAGAGGAGGAUUUGAAGAGAAUGCCGUAUUUGAAGGCUGUAAUUUUGGAAACUCUUCGACGACACCCGCCAGGACACUUUAUACUCCCGCAUGGGGUCACGGAAGACACGAAACUGGAAGGUUAUGAUGUACCCAGAAAUUCGAUAAUUAAUUUUACUGUUGCAGACAUGGCAUGGGAUGCAAAUGUGUGGGAAGAUCCAAUGGAAUUUAGGCCAGAGAGGUUCUUGAAAAAUGGGGAUGAUAAAGAGGUAGUGUAUGAUAUGAAGGGUAUAAAAGAGAUCAAAAUGAUGCCUUUUGGUGCUGGUAGGAGAGCUUGCCCUGCUAUUACCAUGGCAUUACUUCACCAAGAAUACUUUGUGGCCAAUUUGGUUAGAGACUUUACAUGGACUGCUGAAACUGGUUGCGACAUUGAUUUAUCAGAGAAACAGGAUUUUACUAUGGUCAUGAAGAAUCCACUUCGUGUACACAUUUCCCCAAGAACACCUUAA